AUGGAAGCCGUGCUCAAUCAAGCUGGGCUUCCAAGACCAGGAGCACCGCCGACAAGAAUAUCGCCGUCAGAAACUGAUGCCGCCUCCGUCUCCGUGUUUGCAGGCCCGGCCAUACCAAACAGCACAGUCCCGAUAACGAACCACCGACUUGAUGCGCCGCAAGCUGCAGCUAGUCAUGUUCCGUCAGAUCACCCCAUGGGUGAUGAAGCGGUAUUGUCGGCGCCUGAUUCAAGAAGCAGUCAGACACCCGUCCCUCAGCCUCGAGAGAUCCCCGAACCGCCGUCACAACUUUCGGGGAAGAUGCCAGUUUUUGCCGUAAUUGCAAGCCGUAUGAGAGAGGUCAAUUCCGCCUCUUACUGCUCUACAUUCAACAGACAAGUCUUCACUCCUCGACUCGAAAGGGAGGAAGCCAUCACUAUUUUGAUGCCUCUCUACGACGACGUCAUCAGCAAUUACCCGCUUUUGAACUUUCAUUACUUCGUGCGUCAUUUCGAAACAUUACCGGAAGCGGACGACACUUUCAAUAGUACGUCGGGAUGGGCAUACAUGAACGCCGUCAUCUCUGUAGGGACGCGGUGGAAAACCAUCAACAGCGCGUUCCAAGAAGUUUGUCAACUUGCCUGGCCUUUCUUCAAAAAUGCAUUUUCUGUCCUGACAGAGCUGAUAGUGAAGGGUGGCGACUUGCUCUCUGUACAGGCCAUUGUCGCCAUGGCGGUUUUCAUGCAAGGAACUACAUGUACCAGAACUGCGACUCUGCUAUCUUCUGCGGCAGUGAGACUGUCUCAAAACAUCGGACUACAUCGGCAGCCUUGUACAAUGAUGUCCAUGUGUGCUCAGGAUGUUGAAGCACGGAGUCGGGUGUUCUGGGCGGCCUACAUACUGGAUAAAGAAACGGGUCUCAACCAUGGCCUGGAUUCGAUACAAGACGAUGACGACAUUGAGACUGAACUGCCCAGCGGUUGGGGAGAAGGUGUUGACAUAUUGAACCUCAGAGCGAAGCUUGCGAUGGUUGAGUCUUCAAUCCGAAGACGAUUGUACACGGCGAAAGGACUCCGCCUUACCGACGCCGAUCUGGUUAAGGCCAUCAUCGAUUUAGAUGCUCUCCUUGAAGAGUGGAGAUCAAACCUAUGCAUUACUCUUUUGACGGAUGUGCUCGAGACUCCAGGCUCUGCUCGUGCUCGAGGGGACUUAGCAGCAACAAGGAAUUUCGCCCAUUUCCUUCAAAAGUUUGAAAAAUCUGAAGGUUGCGACUUGAAGCGUGUCUUGACGGCGUGCGCCAUGAUGCAACGGACAGCGCAAUAUGCCGUCGAUGAUGCCCAGAAUAUAAUGCGCGCCCAGAAUUUGGUCGGCAACAACGGCGGUGGUGUGCCACUCAUCCCGGGUUUUAGUCUCGGUGAAGAUGCACAGGUUUUGCAAUCUUUGCUCGGCACGGCAACACAUCCGAUGUAUCUCGUCCAAGGACUGAUGGGGAACUUGCCCAACCGAGACCAGAAUCUCACAAUGAGGCUUGCGCAACUUCUUGGUACUCCCUUUGAGAGUGGCAAGCCUGGUAGCCCACUCGGAUCUCAACCUUUACAACCGGAGACGUACGGUUUUGGGUUCGGUCAAGGCCAGGCUGGUAAUGACCCGACGGCCAACUGGUCUUGA